GUACAGUAUGCCCACACACAACACUCGGACGUUCUCGCAUCGUGCACACACAGCUGUUUAGAUAUUCACUAGCUGCAAUGCCAUAGGGCGCGCACAUACGGACUAACUUUUUACACCGUUGCAGUCAGAAUGCAUCGAAAUCUGGAAUACAUUUGACACUUUUCCCUCUCGAUCUUUGAAUUCUGUCCAGGACAGUGUGAGUCUUCUGCCGUUAGAUAGCCUACGAAGAUACGGCCACUGCCAAAAAGAUUCCCAGAGCCAGCUGUCCUGCAGUGUAGCAGGUGAGGACCAGAGAGAGUGAGGCGAUCCUGAAGAUUUGGACAGUAUGAGUUUGGUGGAGAUCAGACAGGCUGUUGGGUCCAUGACCCUGUCCCUAUCCAGCACAGACUCCAAGGAGAGGUACUUUGACCGGGUGGAUGAGAGCGACCCUGAGUACCUCCGCAGCAGGAACAUGUCACCUGAAAUACGGCAGGACUUCAACAUGAUGGAGCAGAAGAAGAGGGUCACUCAGAUUCUACAGAGUCCAGUGUUUAAGGAUGAGCUGGAAGGACUGAUCCAGGAUCAGAUGACGAAGGGCAAUAAUCCAACAGGGCUGCUGGCUCUGAGGCAGAUAGCUGAUCUUAUCAUGGCCAGUUCUAUGGGAGGGACAGGCUCCUUCACAUCUCCUCUCAGCCUAGGGAUGGUCACCCCGGUCAAUGACCUCUAUGGGGUAGAGUCUCCAUCCUUUACCAAAGGGGAGAAACAGUGUCGCUGUAAGCUAGCCAGUGUCUACAGACUGGUGGACCUCUUCAGCUGGGCCCAUUUCACCAGCUCAUACAUUACUGUCCGGGUUAGCAAAGAACAAGACCAUGUUCUUAUCAUCCCACAAGGACUCUCUUUCACUGAAGUGACAGCUGGCAAUCUGGUGAAAGUGAACAUGAUUGGUGACGUUGUCGACCAGGGAUCCACCUACCUGGAGGUGGAUCACUUUGGCUUCAGCCCUCACUCUGCUAUCUAUUCCAUGCGCCCUGAUAUCAGGUGUAUCAUACACAUCCACACCUCUGCCACUGCUGCUGUGUCCUCGAUGAAAUGUGGCAUCUUGCCCAUUUCCCAAGAGGCUCUGGUUCUGGGCGAUGUUGCCUAUUUCAGUUACCAAGGCUUUUUGGAUGAUCAAGACGAGAAGGUGGAGUUCCAGAAAGCCCUAGGGCCCUCUGCCAAGGUGCUUGUUCUGAGGAACCAUGGCCUGGUUGCUCUGGGGGAGACUAUAGAGGAAGCUUUCCACUACAUUUACCACUCACAGCAGGCUUGUGAAAUCCAGGUCAGUGCUCUGCAGUGCUCUGCAGGAGUGGAGAACCUGGUGCUCCUGGAUAGGGAGAGGUUCAAGCCCCUGACCCACGGAGUGGCUGCUGCUGGGGUCACCGUGGACAGCGAGGUCAAGUGGAAAGUGGGCGAGGCAGAGUUCGAGUCACUCAUGAGGAUGCUGGACAACCUGGGUUACCGGACAGGCUACACGUACCACCACCCCAUAGUGAGGGAAAAGAUCCGGACCAAAAACGAUGUGGAGAUUCCUGCCACGGUCUACACUGUCCCGUUGGCGGACAGUGAUCUGGGUCAGAGAAAACCCUUUAACGUCCUGGUACAGAAACAGCAGAGGGAGAGGACCCGCUGGCUCAACUCUCCCAACAGUUACCUGAAGGUCAAUGUGCCUGAACGUUCACCCAGCGGAGAGUGCAGCCCCAGGACCAAGACCAUGUGGAUGAAAUCUGAAGAGACCAGCAAUGGCACUGGCACCCCCAUAAAGAUUGAGGACCCCAACCAGUUUGUUCCCCUUAACACAAACCCCACUGAUGUUCUGGAGAAGAGGAACCGGAUAAGGCAACAGAACACUGUUGAUCACAUGACUCCAGGACCAAAGUCCCAUCUUCUAGCUGGCAUCGUUGUGGACACCAUACCAGGACCAGCCUUUAUCAUUGAGGAUGAGGAGCUGACACGCUCUCUUCCUCCCAACCCCUUCAGUGAGCUGACAGAGAAGGUUCUAGAAGAGUAUAAGAGUGUUUUGGAGCGAAGGCAGCUGGGCCAGGAUGAUGCUGAUGAUGUCACAGACGCAGAUGAGAUGACAACUUUUGACGAGUCCACCAUCUCACUGUCCCUGUCUCCACUCAUGUCUCCAGUCAAAGAGAUCAUAUCCAAUGGGAAAGACUAUAUGGAAGAACUGGAGGAGAAACUGAACAUCAAGGUAUCCAAGAUCAGUGUCAGUGCUACAGAAACGGUUGAAAUCUCCAUAACAGAGAAAUCAGGGGGAGACAAGACCCCUGAGAGCCAAACCAAGUCCCCCAAGAAGAAGAAAAAGUUUCGCACUCCCUCCUUCCUAAAAAUGAAUAAAAAGAAGGAGAAGGCUGAGGCCUAGAGGGAGAGACGCAGGAGAAAGACAGGUCAGCUUGUUUGGUAUGAGAUGAGAUCAUAGGAUGAGAUGCGUUCCUUAGAGAGGAAAUGUAUGAGUCACUAAGAUCUUAAUAGAUCUCCAGCUUUUGGGAGGGAGCAACUGUGACAAUAAGCCUGUUAUUACAAUCUUCUUAUUACUCAAUCACUUCCUCUGAGGGCUCGACACAUGAAUAGUAGGCAUGGUGUUGAACAUGUAGUGUAUCAGCUUUAUUGUUCUCAGUAUCUACUAUAGCCAAUUCGCCAUCGUGUAAUCAAAACACAUGAUAAUAUAUAGCUACAGAAACUCAUUUUUUAAAAUAUGAAACACUGAAAUACCACAUUUAACCUGCUAUGUAUUUGUGGUCAGAUACGUUUUCCAGUCGGCUCAUCAUUGAAUGUACAGUAGCCCAUAGUUGAAGGUAAGACAUGUAAAUGUCAUGAGGCAGUGUUAAGUGAAUGUUGUAUCCUGGUGCCUGGACGUAUUGGAAUGUAUAUGAGGUCAAGCCUUAAGAAGUGUGGUUGGUUUGUAUCUGGACCUAGUCAUAAUAACGCUGUCUUAGUUUUGGUAGAUUUUUAUGAGUAGGAUAAAGUAUGGGUUGUAGUAGUGUUUAUGAUUAUUCAGUAUUCGGGUAACAUUUUGAUAUACACUACAGUACAUAUUUGUGUUCUUAAUAAUCAUUUUGUUAUACAUAAUACUUUUAACAAUGCAAGACAGAGAAGGCUAUUUUAGUUAGGCAUGUUUUGCAGAAAGUUUUAUUUAUGCCAGUGAUAUUAUUUUAGUGGUUGCUGCUUCAUUAUUGUGACUAAAUGGACUGAAAGUAUGAUGAUUAGUAAAAUCUCCAAUCUCUAUUAGCUCAAUAUUGCUGAAUACGUUUUAUCACAUUCACAGAUAUUUAGGCAUGGAUAUCAUAUGACUGAAAGCUAAAUUACAAAUGUAAUGAUAUGAGAUAGCUGGGCCUAGAGUGUAUUCGAAAGUAUUUAGACCCCUUGACUUUUUCCACAUUUUGUUACAUUACAGCCUUAUUCUAAAAUGGAUAAAAUACAUA